AUGCUUACGGAAGAAAAUGAUCCAAGACUUGGCAACCAACAGCAGCAAUGUCGAACAUCACAAAAUACUGAUCGUGAAUUGUCUGAUAGCAGUCAGACGCCGACGUCUUCCAAAUGGAAUAAUGGUAAUGAUUGCCACCAACUGCCACUUCACAGACUCGCACCCAGCAACCAACAACGACAGGAUCAUUAUGAUGUUGAAGAUCCAUUUAAUGCCACAAUGUACCACUUGAAAGAUGAGGAUGAUAAAGAAUCGGAGUUGUUGGAAGUAUGCUUUGGUAAGCUCCAAUUACAAACGGUUUUGAUGUACUUUGAAAAUAAAAGGUGUUCUGGAAGUGCAAGUGUAAUAAUACAUCAUGAGUUAGUUCAACCGGGAAAAGUACUCAUCGAAUUUGAGCAAGAAGGAGUUGCAGAACAUGUCUGUGCAAGACCACAUAAACUUGAGGGAAAAACUUUAGAAGUAACAUUAAUCGAGGAAUUGGGUCCUGCAGAAAACACCAUUGAAGUCACUGAAUUUACGUCUUCGAUUGGAGAAGAGGCGCUGGAGCUUUAUUUUGAGAACAAAAGAUCAGGGGGAGGAGAAAUAAUAGAAUCAAAAAUGAAUGAAGACAGAAGUAAAUUCACUGUUACGUUUGAAAAUGAAGAAGUUGUGCAUAGAAUUCUUGCACAUGAUCAUGUGCUAAGUGGAACAUUCCUGAAUGUUCAACGUCCAAAAAAAAUGUGGCAAUAUAAACAAGUGGACAAAUCAGAAGUGGAGGUGCAUGGAGAUACAUCUACAGAUUUACUAGAAAUGUAUUUUGAAAGUCGCACAAAAUCUGGAGGUGGUGGUAAUGAGGUCAACGUUGUGUUCCAUGAAAAUAAACAAAUAUGGACUGUCAAGUUUGACAAUGUAGAGAUUGCUGAUAGAGUUCUUAAAAAAUCUCAUCGACUGAACAACAAAGAUAUUAAGGUAUCAAGACCAGAGCCAAAGAGAAUUGUUGCAUGUAAAUCUCCUUCAAGUGAUACUGAUGGGAAAGAGGAGGAAGAAGACAUACCUUUGGUGGUAGAAAAUGUGAACACGUGUAUAUCUGAAGAACACUUGAAGUUGUACUUUGAAAGUCAUGAAAAGUCUGGCGGAGGACCAAUUGUUUUAAUGCAGAAAAACCAAAAAGUGGAUGGUAACUGGACCAUACAUUUUCAGAAACCGGGAGUUGCUCAAGCAGUUGUUGGACAAAAAUUUCAUGAGCUGGGUGGAUCGAGAUUGAAUGUUAAGCUUGGGAUGAGAUGUGCUAAAAGACCACUCAUCGACCGUUGUCUAUUGAUUAGUGAUCUUCCAAGGAAAUUAAAUUUAGAAAUAUUUCAACUUUACCUAGAAAAGGUAUCAAGAAAGAACAAACCGAUAAUUAAAUUUGGAAGAGAUCCCACAAAAGCCAUGGUGGAGUACACAGAUUCUAUUAAAGAUAUUGAUGAGGUGAUCUCAAGAAUCGAAAAACAGAAACUUCAGAAUACAAAAAUCAAUGCAAAAAAAGUGUUUGAAGCCGACAAAAUCAUUGUUCAGAACUUGGACAAGAAUUUCACAGAGGAAAUGUUAAAACUAUACUUUGAAAAUUACGGCAGAAGCAGUGGAGGACCAAUAAAUGACAUGCAGUUAGACGAUAAAAGGUUGGCGGUAACUAUACAGUUUGGAAACUACACAGUGGUGAAAUCAGUACUUAGAAAGAAGCAUCACCUUCAGAAAAAAGAGCUAGAAGUGUGUCUAUACUAUGAUGAAAUUGGUGCACUUGUAUCAGAUGGCCAUCGAUGGACACCAGAUCCAAUACCAAUACCUGUUGACCCUGAACUUCUUAACUUUGUUCUUAUGACUCCGACUUUCAAUGACAAUAUGUCUCAUGCUGGAAUAGAAAUAGAACAUAACCCCGAUGAUCCUGGAAUUUUUAAAUUGCAUGCUGCUGAAUGUCUGGACCUCAAUGGCACCCAUGAUUGGGAAGAUCAUGCUGCAAGUAAUUACAAACAAUUCUUCACUGACACAUUUGACAAAAGGACAUUGGAAAUUGGAGAUGAAUGCUUUGAAGAAUUUCAGAAAUACUUAGAAACCGUAGAUACAGAAGGUGUGGAGCUAUUACCAGAUGAUUCAUCGCCAUCUCUGAUGAUUUUAGGGUUAAAAGACGCUGUCAAGAUUGUUUGGGAUAGGCUAUCACAUCAACUAAAAAUAAUGAAUGAUGAAAUUGAAAGGAAAAAAAAUAUAACUAAGAAAACAAAAACAUUUAAGCCAAUCAAGAUUAAGCAAAUCCAUUUGCUUAGGUUUGGGGAGGCUGCAAUGAGUAACUAUGGAGUUAAAAUGGUGGUGGAUGAUCACAAUAAUAUGGUUUCAUUUGAGGGACUUCUCGAUGACAUAAACAGUGCCAUGCUUGAUCUUUACAAAGAAUUGGAGAAUUUUGCAGAAGUUUCUUUUCUCCUUGAUGCUGAAAUUUGCAAAUUUCUGACAGACUUUUACGACAAGAUUAUAAGUGUACUUGAGAAUUAUAAUCAUCAUAUUACAUAUGAAAUAUAUGGAAAUCGAGUGACAAUAUAUUCUACCUCCGAUGGAGAUGCUACGACUGCAAAAUCCAGGAUUGAAGAAAUAAUCACACAUCACAAGUAUCCUCUUCCAAAUGAUAAAUUGAAAGUUAUGAUGUCGACUGAUGGACAAAAAUUGCUAGACGAUUUAAACUCUCCAAAUAUCGUAACAGUUGAAAUGAAAGUUUCUCAAGAGGUAUCCUGUAUAUCUAUCACUGGAAUUAACAUACCUGUUCAGGAAGCCAUCAGCCAAAUUGACCAUUUUCUAAUUACCAAUCAAAUUUUGGAGAAAAAGAUGAGCGUUGAAAGAGAAGUAAUUCGGUUAUUUGAAAAACAUCAUUCAGAAGAACUUUUUGCUGUUGAAUCAGCUCUGAAUAUGUACUUUGUAAAAUUUAAACCUAAUGAAGCAGACAGCUGCAUUUUUAUUAGAGGCAAUUGUACUGGUAUUGUUGAGGCUACGAAGAAAAUAAAUGACAUGAAAAGCAAGGUGCGGUCAGGCAAACAUUUGUUAUCCCAACAAGGGAUGGCUAAUUUCUUUAAAGAAGAAAAGGGCAGACUAGCUCUAGAGUCUGUGGAAAAUACAUGCACGUGUGUUAUCGAAUUUAGUGGCCGAGAUACCAGCACUGCAGCAAUGGAAAUACUGUUACGACACAAAAUACAAAAUGGUAUUGAGUUAAUAGUAUGCAAAGCAGAUAUGACACAAAUGAAGGUGGAUGUCAUUGUCAAUGCUGCAAAUGAAAAACUUCAGCACGCUGGGGGAUUAGCAAAAGCUAUUGUCGAUGCAGGAGGGAAAGAAAUACAGGAGGAAAGUAAAAUUAUAAUGGCAGCCCGUAAUGGUGUACCAAUUGCAUCAGGAGAGGCUAUUGUAACAGCUGCUGGUAGCCUUCCGUGUAAAAAGGUCAUUCAUACUGUCGGUCCAAAAUACUCAGAUCACCCCAAAACGCGGUCAAAACGGUUACUUAUGGAGGCAGUGACAUGUGCUUAUGAAGAAGCAGAGAAACUUGGACUUGCCUCAAUUGGAAUGCCUGCUAUUAGCUCUGGGAUCUAUGGUUACCCUCUUACACCUUGUACUCAGACGAUUCUAGAGGCAACAAAAGAGUACUUUAAUGAAAAUCCUCGAUCAAAAAUUCAGCAAGUGUACUUCCUAAGUAUUAUGAUGAACGUUUGCAAAGAAUUUGAAGCUAGCAUGAGAAUGGCAUUUAAAAUCAAUCAGGUGGAUAACGUCGCUGUCGCGAUUGACAACAAUUAUGUUGAUGAUGAAUACCUUGCAGAAGUUACUGCAAUGCAAACUAGCAGAAACCCAGGACUUACAAUAAAUAAUGAAGUUUUAACUACGAGAGAGGGUUUUCACAUUAGUCUUGUAAAGGGCAAGAUUCAGGAUUCAUGGGUUGAUGUUAUUGUCAACACAACUACACCUGACCUAAAUUUGAACACUGGCGGUGUCUCAUCAGCUCUUCUUAAAGCUGCUGGUAGCCAACUUCAACAGGAGUGUUAUCAGUGCAAAUCUACCAGAGGAAACAUUCGUUUGACACAUAUUGUCGAGACAGGUCCUGCUGCCCUCAACUGUCAGAAAGUAUUUCACACAUCAUCAAGGCCUUAUAAGGGACCAAGUUCAAUGCAGGACAUAAGGAAACUCCUUAAGAACAUAUUCUCAUCUGCAUCGAAGAUGAAGUCGAUUGCCAUUCCUGCUCUUGGUACUGGUAACCUAAAGUAUCCUGCUGAUGAGGUAGCAAAGAUUAUGUAUGAAGAGGCGAUUGCAUUCAGCUCAAAACAUCAUUCGCAUAGCUCCUUACGGGACAUCAAGUUUGUGGUGUUCCUCAAGGAUUCUAAAACGCUUCAGGCAUUUGAAAAUGAGCUUAAGAAUUUAAAAAAAGCCGGGAAAAAACUAAAAAAUUCACCGAAGCUGCUACGGGCAAAAGACGCAGUUGGUCACCGUGAAAAACGCUUUCGAAAAGUAAGUGAACUGUGUGCAGAAAUGAAGAUAGCUGGUAUAACUGUGACAAUACUUCAAGGAGACUUAACACAUAAUGAUGCUGAUGCUAUUGUAAAUAUAACAACAGAGGAUUUUGAUUUGAAUUGCGGAGCUGUCUCAAAAGCAAUCCUCAGAGCAGGAGGAAGAAGCAUUCAAACGGAAUGCUUAAACAACAUGAAACCCUCUCAGUAUGAGGUCUGGACAGGACCAGGUACAUUGCCUUGUAGCGGAAUUUGUCACGUACCAAAUACUGGCAAUCUAAAAUCAAUCAUUGUAAAUAGAGUACUGAGAACGGUGGACGUAUCAGGGAGAUCAUCAUUGGCAUUCCCAGCUAUUGGCACAGGAGCCGCUUCUAAAACACCUAGGGAAUCAGCUAUGUUCAUUUUGGAUUGUAUUGGUUCAUUUGCGAUAAAGUAUAAACCGACCAACUUGCGUGAUAUCAGAAUAGUCGUAUUUGAGGAAGCUAUGACUCGUGAAUUCAUAUCUGUAAUGGAAGAGACAGAGAGAAAACCAUUUCAACAGAGAAAUCUUCUGCAGAAGGGCUGGGCUGCCGUAAAGUCGUGGUGGGAAAGGGAAGAAGAAAUAACCAAUGAUUCUCAUAUUAAUCCAGCUGUUACCCUGAGAAUUUUGGCACUUCAUGAGGACCAAAUACAAGACGCAAAAGGCAGAAUACAAACUAUUAUAUCACAAGAAACGAAGGAAAAGGCAAUACACAACGAAGUGUUCAGUCGAUUCGCAAGAAGGCAUUUUAUGGAGUUAAAAGAGAUUGGUGUGAAACAUGGGGUUAAAAUAGAUAUGACUAAGGUACGGGCCAACGUGGUUAAGUUGCACGGCAGAACUACCAGUGUCAUGGAUGCCCAUGGUGGUAUCGUUGAACUCAUUAACAAGUUUCACGAAGAAGAAAUGGAACAUAAAGAAAAUGAGUUCAUUUUGAAAGAGGUUAAAUGGUAUUAUGAAAGUGAUGCAAAAGAGAUGAUAGAAUUUGACGAGGAAAUUGUGAUUUUGCUAGAAAAAGCUUACAAGAAGAAAAAAAGGACAGUGAAGUACACUACAACUAAAAAUUUCACAUACGAAGUUGAUUUUAAAUAUAUGGAAGAAAGAAAUUUAUCAUCAAAUCGGACUAAUGCUGUUGAACGUAAAGACCUUACUGUUGGGCAGAAUUUUCCUUCCACGUGGUUAACAAUGGGAUCAAGUGAAAAACUGAAAGUUGUGGAUCUUAGUCAAGGCACAGAAUACCAAAAUAUAAAGCAGCAGUUCAUUGCAUCAUUAUCUGGACAAAACACACAUAUACACAAGAUUAGCCGCAUUCAAAAUAUUGAGUUGUGGAAGCAAUAUGCUGCAAAAAAAGAAGCGUUUGAAAAAGCAAUUCCAGGUAAACAGGUUGAACAAAUUUUAUACCAUGGUACAGAUGAGUCUACAGUUAAAAACAUCAACCAAACUGGUUUCAACAGAAGCUAUGCUGGAAAAAACGCAACAGCAUACGGCAUGGGAACGUAUUUUGCAGUUACAGCCGGUUACUCUGCGAGCAACCAAUAUUCCAGACCAAACAUACAAGGACAAAAGCACAUCUUCCUAUGCCAUGUUCUCGUAGGAAGGUAUACCCAAGGAAAGCCAGGAUUAUUGGCACCACCACCUUUGCAGCCAAACUCUACUGACCUAUAUAACAGUGUUGUUGAUAAUGUUGCAAAUCCUGGAAUGUUCGUCAUAUUUAACGAUGUUCAAGCAUAUCCCAGCUACUUGAUUACCUUUACGUAGGCCUACAAGCAGCGUGACCACUCACAAUUUUUGAUAUACCCAAUGACUGGGUCGAAAUUACCCAAGAUUCAGCAAAAAUUGCUCAAAAUUA